GCCCCCGGGUGAGGCGUUGGGAGACGGUCCCUUACGCAGGAAAGUUCGGCGUCGGUUUCAAGGCUCCUCCCUCCCGGUGAAAGGCAGACUGCGGGGCGCCUGGAAACCGGUCGGAGGGAGCGCGGCGCGGCGCGGCGAGGCGAGGGGCGCGGGCUCGAGGGGCCGGCACAAAUGGUCAGGCGGCGGCGGCGGCGGAGGCGGCGGCGGCGGUAGUCGGAGGCGCGGCGGGCGCUGCCGCCGGUGCGGGCAGAGCUGCGCGCCGCGGCCGCGCGAGUGGCGGCCGGGGCUGCCCCGUCCCUGCCCGCCGCUCCCUUCAUGAGUCGCAAGUUCGGGCCGGGAGGAGCAGCGGCGGCGGCGGCGGGGCGGCGGGAGCCCGGCUGGGCAGGCGGCACCGACUGAGCAUGGCCGAGCGGCGCGGGCCGGCGGCGAGCGGCGGCGGGGAAGUUGGCGGCGGGCGGCGGGCGGGCGGCGGCCGGUGCCCGCGGCUGCCGCCGCGGCCGCUGCUACUGCUGCUGCUGCUGCUGUGGGCGGCGGCGCUGCCGGCCGGCGGCCAGCCGCCGGCGCCGCAGUACAACGGCGAGCGGGGUAUCUCCAUCCCGGACCACGGCUACUGCCAGCCCAUCUCCAUCCCGCUCUGCACCGACAUCGCCUACAACCAGACCAUCAUGCCCAACCUGCUGGGCCACACCAACCAGGAGGACGCGGGGCUGGAGGUGCACCAGUUCUACCCGCUGGUGAAGGUGCAGUGCUCGGCCGAGCUCAAGUUCUUCCUCUGCUCCAUGUACGCCCCGGUGUGCACCGUGCUGGAGCAGGCCCUGCCGCCCUGCCGCUCCCUGUGCGAGCGGGCCCGCCAGGGCUGCGAGGCCCUCAUGAACAAGUUCGGCUUCCAGUGGCCCGACACGCUGCGCUGCGAGAAGUUCCCGGUGCACGGGGCCGGCGAGCUCUGCGUGGGGCAAAACGCCUCCGAGCGCGGCACCCCCACGCCCGCCCUGCGCCCCGAGAGCUGGACCAGCAACCCCCACCGCGGGGGCGGCGGCGGUGCCGGGGGCUCGGGGCCCGGCGAGCCCCGCGGGCGCUUCUCCUGCCCGCGGGCGCUGAAGGUGCCCUCCUAUCUGAACUACCGCUUCCUGGGGGAGAAGGACUGCGGGGCCCCCUGCGAGCCCGGCCGCCUCUACGGGCUCAUGUACUUCGGGCCCGAGGAGCUGCGCUUCUCCCGCACCUGGAUCGGCAUCUGGUCGGUGCUCUGCUGCGCCUCCACCCUCUUCACCGUCCUCACCUACCUGGUGGACAUGAAGCGGUUCAGCUACCCCGAGCGGCCCAUCAUCUUCCUCUCGGGCUGCUACACGGCAGUGGCCGUGGCCUACAUCGCCGGCUUCCUCCUGGAGGAGAGGGUGGUCUGCAACGAACGCUUCGCCGAGGACGGCUCCCGCACCGUGGCGCAGGGCACGAAGCGGGAGGGCUGCACCAUCCUCUUCAUGAUGCUCUACUUCUUCGGCAUGGCCAGCUCCAUCUGGUGGGUCAUCCUCUCGCUCACCUGGUUCCUCGCUGCCGGCAUGAAGUGGGGCCACGAGGCCAUCGAGGCCAACUCCCAGUACUUCCACCUGGCUGCCUGGGCCGUGCCGGCCAUCAAGACCAUCACCAUCCUGGCCCUGGGGCAGGUGGACGGGGACGUCCUUAGCGGCGUCUGCUUUGUGGGCAUCAACAACGUGGACGCUCUGCGGGGCUUCGUGCUGGCCCCCUUGUUCGUCUACCUGUUCAUCGGCACCUCCUUCCUGCUGGCCGGCUUCGUGUCCCUCUUCAGGAUCCGGACCAUCAUGAAGCACGACGGCACCAAGACGGAGAAGCUGGAGAAGCUCAUGGUGAGGAUAGGCAUCUUCAGCGUCCUCUACACGGUGCCGGCCACCAUCGUCAUUGCCUGCUAUUUUUACGAGCAAGCUUUUAGGGAACAGUGGGAGAGGAGCUGGGUCACGCAGAGCUGUAAGAGCUAUGCCAUCCCCUGCCCCAACAACCACAGCAGCCACCACCCGCCCAUGAGCCCCGACUUCACCGUCUUCAUGAUCAAGUAUCUCAUGACCUUAAUCGUGGGCAUCACCUCGGGCUUCUGGAUCUGGUCUGGGAAAACCCUGAACUCCUGGAGGAAGUUUUACACCCGGCUCACCAACAGCAAGCAGGGCGAGACCACCGUCUGAGACCCCUGUCCGCCGGGCCGGGGGGAUGGCGGCCGGCUGGGGGACCGGGGCUCUGCCUCGGGAGGCAGCUGCUUAUCCAGCCUGGGCAAACUUUGGGGGACGGCGAGUCGCUUCCGCAGGCGGCGGGGAGCAGAGGACGAGCCAGGUGGGGACCCCGGCGCCUGGGACCGCCGGCUCUGCCCUCCCCGCUCCUCUCGGGCCGUCUCCUGUCGGAACUGAGCGCACUGUCGGGUUGGGGGAGAGGGAUGUAAAUAGCCUGUGUAAGAUUUUGUAAGUAUAUUUGUAUUUAAAUUACAAAAAUCUCACUUUUUUUAAUUAUUUAGGACACUUUUAACCCGUUUGCGGAUUUUGCUUCCUCGCCCCCCCCCUUUUUUUUUUAUUUAAAAAAAAAAGGGGGCGUUGGAUUUUUUAUUUCGUAGGGCAGGAUGGGAAAAACUGCCGGUAAGAGAAACCAAACCAAACCCCUUUCUUCUCCCCCACGCAGGUUUUGUAAUGGCUUUGCUGGGAGUUUCAGUUGCGUGAGCAGCGGGGCCCGGAGCGAGGCUGCUGCCGCGGCCGGGGGCGCCUCCUGACGCGGGCUGGGCCCCGGGCCCCGGGCCCCGCGCCCGGCCUGCCAGAGGUAUGUGGCGGUGGAGGUGGGGUUGGGGAGGAGCGCCGCUUCCCGUCCCGGUCCCGGCCCCGGCGCCGGCCCCGGUCCCGUGGCGGGGAGGACGGACCACCGCCGGGCGCCGGGCCCCGUGCCGGGGAGGGCCGGCAGCCGCCCGGCCGUGGCGCGGGGACGGCGCCUCAGCUCGCCUCGGCCGGCCGCAGCGGAGCCGAGCCCCGCUGACCCAGGCGGGACCCGGCAGGCCCUUUUUGGGGGGGGGGGGGGGGGGGGAUGUAGAAAGAACACCCAGCCCUGCCCGGAGGUGUGCCGGGUUUUUCUCUGGAGGGAGAGCCUUUCCACAGCGCCCGGGGCUAGGGGGGUUGGCUGCCGGCUGCCCUCUAACAAUUUUAUAAGAUUUAUUUAAAUGCACCACAUAGUUGAAGAGGAGUUGGCCUGUUUUGUUGUAGGAGUUGAGGUUUAACGCCGUCUGCACCUGUAGCACGUCCGAUGGCUGAGGAGGUGGGUGGGGACAGAGGUACACCAAACUGCCCUCUCGGUCUGUUUGUGUUUAAGCCGGCUUUUCAGUCGCAAGCUCCGAGGGGGGCCGGCGGAGCGGGGGGCGGUGGCGGAGCGGGGCCGGCGCUCCCCGGGGUCCCCCCGCGGGUGCUGCCACCGGCGCCUGCCCCGGUCCCCUCCCUGCCGGGCUGCUGUCGGCCGGGGUUAGCAGGAUCAGGAAAUUCGGGCUCGGGAGCGAGAGCUUCAGUGGAAUAAAACGCAGCGUUCAGAUUUUUUUUCUUUUUUUUUUUUUACCACUUAAUUAUAUCCAUACGCUGGCUCUUCGUUUGGGAAACAUUGGAGCCAUUGCCCUGAAUUUUAAUUCAUUGACAUUUAAUUCAUUACACAUUAUGAGGGUGUGAUGAUUUUUGCCAGUAGUAAAAACAAAGGAAGGGAAAACAGAAAACCAGAAUGGUUAAGUGCUCUGCUGGGAUGCGAGACCUUAAAGGGCCUCUGCUGUCUUUUUUUCCCCCCCUCUUUUUUUCCGUACGGUAAUAACAUUGCAUACUGCAAAGACAAGCUACCAUGUGUGCAAUAUAUCUACUACCUUGUAUGCUCCUGGGUGCGUGGGAUUGUGCUUCUUAACACAAAAAGAAAAAAAAGGCUAAAAAUGAAAUUGUAACUUUUGACAGAUGCAUUUGAGUAUUUAGUCCUCUGUAUGAAAAAAAGCAGAAUGCUUCUCUCCUGACUGUAUUGUUUUAAACUUUUUUUAUAUUACAAAUGCCUGUAUUUAGGUUUAUAAACAUUAUCUAUGGCUACCAUACCCUGAAAUGCAAAAUUAUUUGAAUUUGGUAUGCAUUUAUUUCUGUUCAUUAUCACAAGAUCAUCUAUAUUUAUAGAGGAAUAGAAAUUUAUAUAUAUUAAAUACCAUAUUUUUAAUUUCUCUGAAAUAAAUUGAGGUUUUGUACAAAACUAUCUUGUCCCUUUACAUAUUCCUGUGACUAACUUAAAUACUGUGUGAAAGCAGUGUAUAUACUACAAGAUGUGUGGGAUUCCUUUUUUCUUUUCUUAUGUUGAGUUCACAGUAAAAAGCUGGAAUUCAGUGUAGGAAUUCAUUGUGCAUUUUGGUUUUUAUCUCUGGGCCGGUCUAGAUUAAUCCUUCAAAAGAAGUAAUGUAAACUGUUCAAGAUCUCUGACAGGGUAUGGUCGGUGGUGUGAAAUCCAAGAAGAGAUCUGCUAUAUGGCAGGAGAAGAAAGAAGCUCACCAGUUCUUUUUCUUUUUUUUUUGUUGAAGAAAAAGGUUCUCUCAACUUAGCCUUUCUUCUCCCUUUCCUAUUAAUAUUUUCUCACUGCUCAAAAUGGCACUCACACUAUGUUGCAAUAUUGUCAGAAUAUUUUAAUGAGUGAAAUAGUUAUGUUUUCCUGAAUUUGGAAUGUUUGGUUAAUCCAGAGUUAAAUGGUACGUUCAUGAAAGCAUUUCAGCUUUGUGGAAAGUACACGCAUUCUUAAACCUUUCAACACAACGCAUCCUUUUUUUCUAAUUCAUUGUUCGAAGUGCCGUUCUGUAAGCCUGGAUUUGUUAGGAAAGACUGGCUAAUUAUGAGACUCAAUUUCUGAUUGCCAGUGUUAUAAGCUAGUGCAGCAUUUCAUUCUGUAGAUCUGGAGGAAGAUGUAAAUGAUUUUUGGCUGGUUUACUUCUUUCAGAUCGUGAUGCAUAAACAGCCAUAGAAAAGUAAGGGAAGCUUAACAAAAUAAUGAGGUGAGACAACACGGCAGGGUUUUUUUUGUUUUUAAAUUUGUUUUACAUGAACAUAGUUCCCGCUUUCUCAGAUAUUUUGCACAUUUUUCUAAAGUCGUCGUUCCCCCCCCCCCCCCCCCCGGGGGGGGCUAUUUUAGCAUUUAAAAUUGUACUGGUCAGCACUCAGCUAAUGACCUGAAGUACAACCCAUUCAAUUUCAGUUGCAGUGGAAUUCUUUUUGGUCAGUUGGUAUAAUUACAUUUGAGCCAUUUUGACUGAUCUGUUUUCUUGCAGCUGAAUGUGUGUGAUUUAUUUAUGCAUAGGAGAACACAUUUAUUUGUAAUAGUGACAUUGUAUUUAUGGUAGGGAUGGGAGGACCAAUUUUUAAAAAAAACUUUUCAAAGAUGAAUAAUUGAAUUGCUGUUUCUACAUGAAGUAAAAUGUUAAUAUUUGCAGUUCAUGAUUUGCAGCAGAUAUGGAUCCCCUUCAGUUCUUUGGGAUUUUUUUCAUAGAUUGCAGAGCUGAAGCUCCAUGUUCAAUCUUGGUUAUUUUAAUAAAUAUACUAGAGAGCACAAUAUCAUAAUUUAAAAAUAAUUUAAAACAGCAACCCACUGCUUUUUUGUUUGCUAAUUUUUGUGAACUUUCACAGGGCAGUAAUUUGCAAAGGUCACAGUCAUUACUGAAUGCUGUGGUGCUAUCUGUAUGACUCGCCUUUUUGUACUUUUAUUUUUCAACACAUAAUGGUAUUUGAGACUCCUCAUUAAUAUGAUACAAAGCUGUCUUUUGCAUGGGUAUAUUGCAGUCAUCACUGAUGUUUUACCUUACUGUUAAAAACAGAUCUAUCCAUUGCUCCAGGGAAUUUAGACAGUUUUUUUUUCCAACACAGUCUGUAUAAUUGAUGUACCAUGUUUACCAGGGAAAGUAUCACUGUAUGCAAAGAAGCAGUGUUGCCCAGUUCUCUUGUCCCUGACAAGAAGGGUAAUAUAAGAACAAAACUGUGGUAUAACAAAGUUUGUUGGGCUAGAAGUACUUGUUAAGGCAUUCCUUAGUCUACAGCUUUGCUUUCUCUGGUGGGACAUAUUUAUAGCCUGAAAUGAAGGGGCACUCAGAAUCACCAUUCCCCUGAAGAGGGCUGUAGCCUGGAGAGCUGGGGCUGCUGAUUUACCGUUCGUCCUUCAGUAACAGUAAUGCUCUUUAAUGUAGUGGCAAAUUUGUGGUAUUGGAAUGAAAUUAUAUGCUGUUUCCAUAACAAAUCCUAUUGGGAAGGAGAAGGAUUUCUGGUAUGUUCAUACAGUAAUGCCCCAAAUUUCUGGUAUAUGCAUAUACUUUUAGAAGUGUUAGGGUUUGUUAAUUGAGUGGCAAGGCUACAAUCUAGCGGGCCUGAAUUCUGCCCUCUGGAUGAUGCCCACCGGUCUGCUGCCAUCCGGGUGCUUCUUUGUUGGGCAGGAGUACAAUCGCAGGUGGUGCUGAGGAUCCCUUUCAUUUAAAUGGACAGUAUUUGCAUUUUUAUUAUUAUUCAAAGGAAUGGUAAUUAGGCAUGAGAAGAGGCUGCUGUGUAUGUACAGGAUGAGUGUUUUUCAGAAUGGGCUAUAGGCUAGUGCCUCAUCAGUCUUUUACCACUCCCAGUCACAAGAGAGAACUUCCAGACCAACACAGUGAUCUUUUCGAAAAGGUGUGCACCCUGCAGCUGACCAGAGAAAGCAGUCAUGGGUUUGGUGUGACAUGCAUAGCUUAAAAUCGAGGGUACCCUUGCAAAAAGUUUGUGUUUGUGUGGCAUGAUUCCUCCAUCCGAGUGGUGCAUGGCCUCAGAAGGAGCUUCAGCUAGCAAAACUCAUAACAGCUGAAGAGGUGGUAAGUAAGAGGUUAAAUGCUUACCUAUAAAAAUAAGGAAACUGAGGUAAGGCUCUGUUUUCAUAAUGAAUUGACCCUCUAGUGCUCAAACACUGGAAUUGCAUUAUAUUUGAUGUUUCCAAUGACAGCACUACAGAACUGUGUGGCAAUACUAUGCAAAAUCAGUUCUGAAUAUUGCCCCCCCCUUUUUUUAAAAUUCUCAGAUUUCUAUUAGUUGUUGUUUGCACUUGUUGAACCCAGACCAUCAUUGCUCUGCAUGUUAUGCAAACUUAGAGUGAAUGGAUCAUAUGGAUUCUGAAUUCAAACGUUGAUUUAAAAAUGCAAGUCCUUUAGCUGCUUGGUCCCAUUAGAAGUGAGGGUUGCUCUGAGGUCCAUAGCUGUGGGGUUUUCUCAUAUUUGUAAAUCUCUUGCCUCACUUGUUCAUCAAUUGAGCUGGAAGGCUUAGGCAAUGAUUCCUGCUCGUAUGGAGAAAGGGAACUUUGUUUUUCUUGCUUUGGACUGAACUCCUUGCUGCCUGUGUGUUUACAGCACGGAAGUGUCACCAGAGAAAUGCUUUGUUCUGAAGCUCCUGAUCAGUUUUGAAAUAGCAGUACCAUAAUUUUAAAAAUGGGUUAGCGGGUUUAGGAAGCAAGGCUUGGUGACUUAGUGCUGAGGCUUUGCUUUUCACAGUUUAGUUUUUAGAAGUCUCCAAGCAUUUUAAGAUGUGAAAUAGCUGCUUAAGGACAAACUAAGCACACCAGGAUUAGGUCCUGGAGGCAUUGGAAGCAUUAUGAGCCCCAUAUUCAUUUGAGAGUAGCCCAGUGACAGUAUGGAGCAGUCUAGAUAAUACUAUACUCUGUAAAAAAAAAAAAAAAGCCAUAAUUACAUUUACUUGCCAGCUGAAAUUCACUCUGCACUGUUACUUAGUCAUUUGAGGUCACUAAAUGGAGAAGCAAGUAUCCUUUCUGUCAUAUGGGAGAGAUUUCAGUGAAUUAGCAAAAUAGGCCUUAAUAAGCAAUAUAUAAUUGCAAGAUAAAAGUAGUACUACUUUGAUAGUUUAGUUGUAGACAAUGCUUUUAAAAAAAUUAAAUGCUUUAAGAAAACAUGCCGAUUUUGUGACAGCUGUGUUUCAGAUCUCAACUUGUGUUUAGUCUAAACUUCCAGUGUAACCACAUUAGAGAUUCUUCCAGGCAUGAGGUCUUGCCCUUGUUUGCAUUCAAAUCAGCAGCAUUAAAUUGCUUAUCUUGAGGUUGAAUAAAUAAACUCUAGUCUUCUACUCAGACAACACUUAAUGAAGACCCACAUUCAGCCACCGACCUCACAUGAAAUGCUGCUGGGUUGAGACCCCACAAGCCUUGUCCAAGUAUCCCAAGGCUUUGUUGCAGUGCGUGAACGUAUUGGACGUGAUUGAACCGCACUAAGGCGGAAACUUGGCAAUAACACUUAAACUCUGGUGUAAACACACUGCCUUGGGAGCCUUGUGUCAGCCACCAUGAAAAGUAUUUUUGAUGGACUAUCUUAGAAAUAACUUCUUCAGAAAUACUGAAGUGAUUUCUAUAUGCAAUUAGCUGUCUCUUGGAUAGUCGCCUUAUUAAUGGUCUGCAGUGUUUAAUAAGGUGUUAUCCUAGGCUAACAUAUAAGGCUACCGUACGUCAGUAGUGCAGCACAGUAGGUGGAACUUGUCUGCAUUAUAGUAUCACCAGAAUCCCUUUGGGUGAGGGGGAACAGUAUUUUUUGUGUAGUUCUGGUAUAACUUGGCUAAUAUUAAUCGCUUGCUACAGCACAGAUUUAAAAGUCAUUUAUCAUGGGAUAGUUUCAUGACAAAGAUCACAAGAAAAAUGAAAGUGGCCUGUAUCCCUCAGGUGGGAUGUCUUGAUGCUGUUUUCUUGCAUGCUCAUUUGUAUAAUUCAGAUAUUUUAUAACUGUUUUACAUUCUGUGACUCGGUGCUAGUCUCAUUGCUGUCUUUAAGUGAGACUAACAGUAUGACUCACUGAUGCUGUAUGACUUGUCCUGUUGUCUUGUUCAUGUUAAUUACUAUUGCUUUAUUACUGGUAACUUGUUUGACCUCCACUACCAUGCUCGGAGUACUACUGAAGCUAAGGACAGGACUGAUAGCCACAGGAGUGUGCAGUCUGUUUGAGCAAGACAAGAGCAUGUCAGUCCCCUCGGCAGCUUGCCCACCACCGGUUCAACGACUGCUGCUGCAUCUUGGGUGCUGGACUAUCACCCUUCCUCAGAGGUAACAUUUGCAGUCUUCUGCGAACUCCAUGGAUGUCCUACCAGCAGCAGCACUACUCGGACUGUGCUGAAUUGGCUCAUUUUCCUGGCUGCCCGAGCGAUGUGCUCACUCUUUUGUUUUUCCCCCACCUACCUAGGGUGGAGGCUGUCCUGGCUGCUCUUAAUCCCUGCAUUUGAUGGAGGAAGUUAAAGGCAGUAUGUGCCAUUAAAACAUCCCUGGCUGACCUUCUGUGGCUCAUAUUCUGCUGCUCGCUUGCCCGUGCCCUCUUGGAUAACCUCACUGGAAGUUGCCUUGCUAUAACCAUUGCAAGAAUAUAACUCAUUCGGAUCCCAGUUUAUUCUUGAGAACUCACUGUGCAGUGUUCAUCACAAAAUCAUUGCUGUCCAAAUAGACAAGUGACUUACUCUCAA